UGAUGCAAAUUCCGACUACUACACACGUACGACAUCUAACUUGGUUAUAAUUUGGUUUGGCCUCCGACCCGAACCCAAAACAGCAAUGGCUGAGAAAGAGAAGCAAGACGAGCUCGCCGACUCUCUCAACGACCUCUUCUCCAGCGUCUCCACCAUGAUCAAAACCGAGCUCCAGGGAACUGCCAACCACAUGGAGCUGUUAGAGAAGAUGAAUCUGAGAGUCGCCGAGGAAUACAAAGGCUUCGGCGACGUGGCCUCCGGGCUCAGCGUCUUCGUGGAGCAGCUCAAGUCCAAAAGCAGCGGCUUCGACGAGUAUGUCAAGCAGAUUGAUGCCAUAGAUCAGCAAGUCACCGAGUUUGAAGCUGUUGUUUCUGUGCUUGAUAAACAUGUGACCAUGUUGGAGUCCAAAGUACAGUCUGUGUAUCACAAUCCAUCGUCUUCCUAGUUUCGGUUGUUCUUGCUUGUUUCUUGUCUUUGAAAUUUGUGUUCUGUUUCUCUGAGUACUAUGUUUAACUUCAAUCAAAUGUAGUGUUUUAUGAUCAAGCUUGAACAAUGCUCGAGAUUUUCAAGCUGUAUCAAAAGCGCGAACAUGCAUCAACGGUUAACAGUCGUUCGCGACAUGUUU